AUGGUUCCGGUUUUGGACUUGGCAAACCAUUCGUCAAAGGCCAAUGCGUACUACGAAGAAAAUGGCAAGGACGAGGUGGUGUUGCUUCUGCGACCUGGCUGCAGGGUCUCGUCUGGGGAAGAGAUGACGAUCUCGUAUGGGGAUGCGAAAUCCGGGGCAGAGAUGUUAUUCAGUUAUGGGUUCAUCGACCCCGCGUCUGCCGCCGACAGGAUCACGCUGCCUUUGACACCCUUCGAUGAUGACCCAUUGGGUAAGGCGAAGCUGCACAUCUUUGAAGGACCGCCAACUGUGGAGUUUGACCGGACGAAUGGCUCCAUCGCGUGGAAGAGUCCCUUCGCCUACUUCGCGUGCCUGAACGAGGAGGACGGCCUGUCGUUUCGUGUUCUGCAGGAUACCGGAGGAUCACGGGAGCUAAAAGUAUUUUGGCAGGAGAACGACGUUACGGCAACAACGAGAGCUUUCGAGCAGCAUAUUCACGAACACCCUCUCUCACAACUCUUUCGCCUGCGAGUGGUUACCGUCUUGCAGGAUCUGGUGGCCAGCAAGCUCGAGCGCUUGGCCACUGGCAUGUCCCUGGACGAUUUCGACGCCUCGCUCAGUGAGGGAGGUCUUAUCUGCGGGACGUGCAUCAGCGCAGCUGUUACGUUGAGGGAACAGGAGACUAGCCUUCUGGAAGCUGCCGUGAAGGCUCUGGAGGACCAGAAAACACAACUUCUUGCAGACGAAAACGUGGUGGCUUAUCUCGGAUCGAUGGAAGAUACCCAAAACGACCUAGUGGAGGGUGAGGUAUCCAAUGACGAGGAAGAUUUCAGUUGA